AUGUCUCCAGAAGUUGUAUCGCCGGCACAUCCAGAACGUCCUAUUAGACCUCUGCCCAAAAGAAGUCUCCGUGAACGCCUCUCUCCUAAUGUCGCCGAAUCAAUCAAAUACCCGCCCGCACCUAAAACUCAAACUCCGUUGUUCUACUAUCCAUAUACUGUCCGAGAUGAGGUUGCGGCAAGCGCUCUGGUAGAAGCUGCACAUCCAAGUGAGCGCCCGCAGGCAGAUAAUAUCGAUCAAAAUUAUAUCCCUCGGCGGAAUGGAGAAGAUCCAGAGAGUGAAGAGGAAGAGGUUUUCCGUACUACGCGACUUUACCCAAGACAGUCAGUUGAUAACUCUGGUCCUUCCUACCGCUAUGUUCAGAAGCCCGAUUCCAAACAUUCAAAUCCUCACCCUCCUGGCUCAACUGCUUCUUCUGCAGAUGGUUAUGACUCAUUUGAGAAUACAAAUAAUAAAAAGAAACGCAAGAUUCCUACACCUGGAGACUCAAAUAUUAAUGGGGUUCAUCUCUCAAACGAUUUGGCAGGAAUGGGAAUAUCUGGUCCAGAUGAGGAGGAUGUCAAUGGUUCAGGAUACUAUCAUGCUGGUGGCUCAGUAUCUCAAGGGUUGUCAGGUCCUGGAAGAGGUAGAUAUGGCCGAAAUCGCAAUGGUAGAAGCCCUUUAAGGACUCUAUCUGACGUUUCGGGUAACUGGGGCAAUGGCCGCAAUUCCAAACAACGACAACCCCAGUGGCCCAUACCUAACGAGAAUGCAGGGAUCAUCUCAACUGCAAUUGCAAACGCCGAGAAACAACCUCCAAUGACUCCACCGAGGGGUCAAGAGAAUAUCAGUUUGUUGCAACAACAGGCAUCGAAGAAACCGACCCCCACUUCUACUCAAUUCACUUUUACUUUUGAUUCUCAAGUCCCGGCACCAGGACCUUGGCCUGGAUCAACAAAUACAAAUAUGCAUCAAAGUCCUGCUGCGAGGUCAAUGAUGACGCAUGGAACACAGAUAGGCUCAAACAUGCAGACAAAAUCUCAAGAAUCGGCGCAAACGCGGAAGCAAAGUGUCCCUCGAACAGCACCCCCAAAAAGAACCCGACGUCGAGCGAGCAAAGAGUAUGAGAUCGCCGCUCGCCAGCGUCGUCAACAACAAGAAUAUCAGAACAUAACUCAUCCUCCUAAUCCUGAAGAUAUUUGGAUUUGCGAGUUUUGCGAAUAUAAGAGUAUCUUUGGCGAAUUCCCCAUGGCAUUGAUUAGGCAGUAUGAAAGGAAAGACAGGCGUAUUAGGAAGCAGGAAGCAGAGAGGAAACGAUUAUUGGAGAAGGCAAAGACGAAAGGACGAAAGGGAAAAAAGGGUAGCAAAGCUGCAGCAAAGUCAAUUCCGCAGGAUCGCCAAAAUCAACACCAAAGCCCUCAGCAAGGUAAUCCAGCCGAUCAAAACCACAGUCAAGGAACACAAAGUGAAGACUAUCCAGACGAUGAGUAUGAUCAAGAGUACGCCCAGGAUCAACCCACUUCUCCCACGACUUCUUCAUCUUUUCGUCCAACUGAAGUCUUACAGAAUGAUCAAGGCAAGCGCAUCGAUGGAAAUCCCGGAAGAAGUAGCGAUGGUCGAAUUGUGAAGUGA